CAAAUUACUAGAGUGAGUAAAGAAACAUUCUGGUAUAUAGAAGGUCUUAUUCAUAAUGAUCCUGGGUUUUCAAACAAAUCUAAAAUUUUACAAAGACCAGUUUGGCAACAAUUAGCUGUUACAUUGGAACGGUUAGGUUGUAAUGGAAAUGGUGCUUCUGUUGGAAGAUUUGCAAGACAAUGGGGCUUAGGAAUUGGUACUGUUAUUAAAUAUACAAAACGAGUUAUAACAGCUAUUAAUUCAAUAGGUGAUAAUUAUGUUCAAUGGCCAAAUUCUUUUGAAAGACAACAAAUUAGCAAUCGAAUAGAACAAUCAUCAGGAUUUAAAGGAUGUGUUGGAUUUUUAGAUGGUACUGAUGUUGUACUUGAAUACAAACCUUCAAUAGAUGGUGAAACAUAUUAUAAUAGAAAGAAACGAUAUGCUUUGACAGUGCAAUUA